AUGGCAGUAAAUGGAGUCAACGGGGUCAAUGGUGUCAAUGGCAGACGGUCAAAACAUGACUUCUCUGCUCUGAAGGUGAACCAGUCCAGGUUGUUAGACGCCAUUCAUUCUGGGUGUGAAUAUGGCGCCGCUCAUCGAUAUGGAGAUCAUCCGACCGAGACGGGAAUGGCCAGACUCAGUCUGAACGAUGCGGAUAAGCAGGUCCGUGACUGGUUCAUUGCCACGACAGAAGAGUUGGGCUGCAAGACGAGUGUCGACCAGAUGGGAAAUCUCUUCGCCGUCAGACCGGGAAAGAACUCCAAAGCGCCACCAGUUAUGAUGGGCUCGCAUCUUGACACGCAGCCCACCGGUGGAAGAUACGACGGCAUUCUGGGCGUUAACGCUGGUCUAGAGGUUCUGAAAGUUCUGCACGAGAACAACGUAGAGACCGAGGGUAGUAUCGGAGUGGUCAACUGGACCAACGAGGAGGGCGCUCGAUUUCCGAUGAUGGCCGUCUCAUCAGGUGUCUGGGCGGAGGCUGUGCCUCUUGAGACGGCAUGGAACUUGGCCGAGGUAUCGCCUGACGAGCACGGACAUCAUCGCACAAUGAAGGAGGAGUUGGAGAGGAUUGGAUACUUGGGAGAGCAGAAGGCAUCGUAUAAGGCUUUCCCCAUGGCUGCACAUUUCGAGCUUCAUAUCGAGCAAGGUCCCGCUCUGGAGAUGGAGAAGAGAAGAGUUGGCGUCGUGAAAGGUGUGCAAGCCUUCAAAUGGUUCGAGAUCACGGUCAAGGGUCGCGAUACUCAUGCAGGAACGACCCCUUUCCCGGCACGCAUGGAUUCGAUGCUCUGCGCAGCCAAACUGAUCGUCGAGUCCAACCGCAUAGCGAAGGAAGCCGGUGGUCUCUCGACAACCGGCAUAUUGACUGGCCAGCCAGGUUCUAUCAACACCAUGGCUCAUACUGUCACUUUCACGCUGGACAUCCGCCACGUGGAAGACGAGAAACUUGCAGAGGUUGAGAAACAAUGCCGAGAGGCCUUCUCGAGAAUCGCCGAGAAAGAAAGUGAAAAAGGAUGCACGGUCGAGUGGAAAGAGCUAGUGGAUAGCCCUGCAGUGAACUUCCACCCUGACUGCAUUGCCGCCGUCGAAGCCAGCGCAAAGGAGGUCGUCCAAGACUUGCCCAUGACAGCAGAGGAUGGAGAGCUCUGGAGGUACAUGAUCAGCGGAGCUGGUCAUGACAGUUGCUACACGAAUCGGCGCUGUCCGACCAGCAUGAUCUUCACGGUAACGAAGGAUGGAGUUAGUCACAACCCUCAAGAGUAUUGCAGUCCCGAAGAUUGUGCAAUUGGGGCACAGGUAUUGCUCGGCGCUGUGUUGAGAUAUGACAAGACGCGCACCUUCGCUUGA